AUGGAUUCUCAGGAUCAGCCGUCCGAGCAGAGGAAGCGCACGCGCCAGGCCUGUGAACCCUGCAGGCGCAAGAAGGCCAAAUGCACCGGCGAGCGGCCCGGCUGUAGCACGUGUGGUCGAUUGCGACAGCGGUGUUUUUACGCGGCCGACCCGCGUCCAAUGGCGGACAUGAGCGUGACGAGCGAGGUCUCACGGUCAGAAGCCGAGACUUUGAGCACCCGCGUCCUCGCUCUCGAAUCGACGCUCACAGAAGUGCUUGAAAGCCUACGACAGGGCACACACGGCGGCCAGACGCAGGUGCAACCGUCCUCGCAGCCGCCAUCCGAUCGGAGCUCCCAACCACGAGAGACGACAGGCCUGACUGGUUCAUCGCGCCUUGCUGCUGCUGGUGGCGAUCUGCUGCCGCCAUGGCCAACAGUGCUCGCGGCUGCUCGCGACUACCUGCAGUACUGUGACAGCCAACCGAUCCCGCUCUUCGACCCAGAGAGCUUUGUGGAGACGCUGGCGGACCGCGACGAAGAGGUGGUGUACGGCGUGCUGGCGCUUGCCGGGCAUUUUGCGAGCAGCCCGUCAACGGACAAGGAACAACAAGAGCGGGACUGCAGCGCAUAUGCGCAGGCAGCACACCGGCUGGUGAUGGGACGUGUCAGCGAGAGCCGAGUAGAGCUGUCGACGAUACAGACAUUGUGCCUGCUGUCGUUGAUCCGAUUUUACGACGGAGCGAUCGACCAGAGCCGAGUGCACAGCUCGCUGGCGAUGACGCUGGCGCACUGUGCAGGGCUGCACAUCGAGGUCAACCGGCAAGACAGCCAUGCGGCAGCCGAGGAGCGGCGACGCUGCUACUGGGGGGUCGUGCUGCUGCGGCGACUGUUCGGCUGGGCGAUCGAGGGGGCAGAGGACGACGGCAGCGGCAACAGGACGAUUCGCGGCGGACAGCUGCCGCUCUUUCCGACCAGUCCGUCGUCGCCGCUGUCCGAGAGGACGAACGGGGCUGGUUGUCGCCGGUGGACCGAGGCCGAGCGGCUGGAUGGCAUCCUCAGCACAGUGAUCCAGCUGGCCGAGGUGUGGUCGCUGGCGCAGGAUUACGUGCGGACGCGAGGAGCAUCUGGCGAGACGACGACGAGCUCGACAGCACCGCCGCCGUGGUCACCUCAGUCCAAGUAUUCGCGGGCAUUGCGACGGUUGAUGGACCUCGGUCAGGACCUACCGCCGCUGCAUCGCAACCGAUGCGUUCGGCUGGCAGACGUGACGGCCGACGACCUCGCAGACAGGCGGGGACGCGCGUAUUGGGCGCCUUGGUUCCUCAGCCACUUCCUCUACCACACGGCCAUCUGUCUGCUCAACCACCCACUGCUGAUGACGCUGCAGUUCCAGGACGGCCGCGGCUUCUCAGAGGUGUUUCUGCAGCAGACAGCCCAUCUGGCGGCCUACCACAGCUCGUGGCUGCUGCACUUUGUGCACUUCUUUGACACGCGUCGGUUUGCCGUGUCCGAUCCGCUCUUUGGCUAUUGCACGGCCGUGGUGGCCACGAUUGAGCUGCAGCACAGCUUCUCGGACGAUCGAGCGCUGCGGCACAAGGCUCGCGUCAACUACGACCACUGUCUCGCCUUUUUGCGGAGGCUUUCGCGCGACUGGCCUUGCGUGCGCCGUCUGACACAGAAGCUGGACGCGCUGGCCGACCAGAUGGUGCGCCACGACACCAACGACUCGACGCUGACGGUCAACAUCUCCGGCUUCCUCGACAUGCUCGAUCUGGCCAGCUCGUCUCGCGUGCACGGGUCGUCCAUUUUUGGGGCGAGUCUGUCGCUGCACGUGACACACGAAGAAGCGGCGACAUCAGACCCGACGCCCCUCUCGCGCCUGCCAGCCAUCACGACGAUGGACCCAGCCAAGGCCACAGGGCGGGACGAACAGGCAGGAGGCGGUGUCGCGGCUGUCUCGGCGGCCGACACACGGUCUCUGGUGCAGGCGAGCCCACUUCCCCUGGACGGUGGCAGUGGCAGCGGUGGAGACAUGUUCCUCCCUGCGGAUCAGCUUCUCGGUGGCCACCUGCAGGAUGUGAAUGCCUGGUGGAGCGGGACCUGGGGCGAUGCGGCUGGAAGCUGGGCGCCAACCGGCUUUGGCCGGAGUGCCUGGCCCCUGGACGGAAACGAGCCGUACCCACCAUAG